CAGCAACUUACUCAUUCCGCCGCGCGCCUCAGUGGAGGAAGGUUCAUGCGCACUUUGAUUCUCGCGUUUAGAGAGAACCCACAGUAAUACCCACGAGGUGGAGCAAAUAGUUACGGGUCUUAUAAAAGCUGAAGGUUUAAACUUUUUUUAUUUAAGUGUCUGAUGAACUGUAUCUGAUAUAUUGAGUAGUUUGGUGAGAAAAGUUUAAAUCACCAAGUAAGGAGACAAGAAGACGCGACGCAAGACUGCCACUCCAGAACAACAACUCAUCACAUAAGGUAGAAGCGAGACUAGCCUGGUGAGGGUGCGUGUUUAGUGUGUCUCGCCAUAUUGUGAAGCCCAGUCAACACCUGUGCAGACUUCCUGCCCACCCACUGAAUUAUACAUCUCAGCUGCUAAAAGAAACCGCCUUUCCUUGCUCAGCACCUCAUCAACUCGACAAUAUGGGUCUCGGUAUUCUGGAUAUUGUGCUGCUGACGCUGUCCAUCAUGAGCAGUGCUGCCAUCGGUAUCUACUAUGGCAUCAAGGGCCGCAAAUCGACGCCCUUGGAAUACCUGCUGGGGGGUAAGUCGAUGAAGCCCCUGCCUCUGGCGAUGAGCAUGAUGGUGGGCACUGUGUCAGCCAUCACCAUCAUGGGCAACGCCGGUGAAAUGUACGCACACGGCACCCAGAUGUGGAUGAUGGACCUUGGCAUUGUUCUGGGCCUCGUCAUCGUUGCUAAGGUCUUCAUCCCCAUUAUGUAUCCGCUUGACAUGGUCUCUCUCUACCAGUACGUGGAGAAACGGUUCAAGUCCAAAUGGCUUCGUCAGGCAACAGUGGUGCUGCAGCUGCUGGGCGGAUACUUCUUCAUCGGCUUCCUCCUCUUCCCACCUUCAGUCGCGCUUCAAGCUUUCACUCCACUCCCUUCUUACGCCAACAUCUUUAUUGUCGGCGCCACCUGUACCCUCUAUUCUGCUGUCGGUGGGGUGAAGGCAGUGGUGUACGCGGAUGUGCUCCAGUCACUGGUGAUGAUCGCCGGGGUGCUGGCCAUCGUGAUCCAGGGAUCCAUGUAUGCGGGCGGACUGGACAUGGUGUGGGACAUUGCCUACCACAACGACAGAAUUGAACUGCUCAACUUCAACCUGGACCCCUACCAGCACCACAGCUUCUGGCUCUGCAUUAUUCUUGGUUUCUUCUUCACUCUCGGCACCUUCGGCGUCAACCAGAGCCAGACGCAGCGCUACUUCAGCACCGGCUCCAUCGCACAGGCCCAGUGGGUGCUGUACUAUGCUGCCAUAGGGAUGGUGUUCCUGCGGGGGCUGAUCAACCUCUCGGGCUUGGUGAUAUACGCCUACUUCAAGGAUUGUGACCCCCUCACUGAAAAUGAUCCGCAUAAGGAUCCCGCCUAUGUGUUGAUCCCGUAUGUGAAAAUGGUGCUCACGAAGAUCCCGGGCCUCUCAGGACUCUUUGUUGCUGCAAUCUACGCCGCCGUACUCAGCUCAGUGUCAACACAGCUCAACUCCAUGACGGCUCUUCUGUGGGAGGACUUCUUGAAGGUGUUACCCAUCUUUAGUGAUUGGAGUGAGGUCAAAAUUGGGGGACUACAGAAGGUGAUAGUGUUCGCUACGGGCACACUGGGAACCGCGCUGGGUUUCUUGGUGUCGCAGCUGCAGUCCUUCCUGACGACUCUCUUUGCAAUCAAUGGCGCUCUCUCCGGCCCUCUCAUUGGCCUUUUCCUCGUAGCCGUCUAUCUCCCAUGGGUCACUUAUAAGGGAGCCUCUGCCGGUUUUAUUGUGUCCAUCAUCCUCAACAUGUGGAUCGCAAUUGGUCAAGUUACUUUACCUAAACGGGCCUUAUUGCCAUCGUCCAGAAGCGGGUGUAAUACAAAUCCUGCCGUCGAGAUGUUCAUCGCUGAUGACCCCUUCAACGUCACUGCCACAGAUAAUGUCUUCAACCUCACCACAGUGGCAAUUGACACAAUGCAAAUGGAAGACACGAAACACCCGGUGUACGGUCUGUCAUACUGCCUCAACUCACUGUGGGGAACACUCUUCUGUAUCGUGGUGUCUGUUAUUGUCACUGCCAUUACAGGAAGCAACACACCGGAGGAUGUCGAUGAGAAGCUGAUCGCCCCGGGGUCGUGGGUGUUGUUUCAGAGGUCACUCGUCCUUCAGGCCAAAGAGUUCUUCAGAGAGAAAAUCCUCCGAAGAGAAUCCUCUACCAGGGGGGGUAACAAGCAAAAGGACGAGGAGCUAGAAAUUAAAGAUCCACUGAACAAUUCUUUAGAAUUAAAGGAGCCAAAAGAUGAUGACAUUGAAAGCAGAGGAGCUGUCUGAAGUUAAUGUCUUUUGGAAACAUUAUGACAUUGAAAACACAAGAUAUUAAUAUUCUUUAACAGAAAAGUCCUGUUUGAGCUGCAGAUGUUUGAAAUUAAUACUUUUUAAGGAAUCCAAGGGUUGAGUGCAAUAUGCUAUAGCCUUUGAAGGCAAGUGUUGUUUAGGUGAAAACAGACUACAGUAGUACAAAAGGUAAGCCUGUGACUUUCUGGAGAGGUGAGAAAGAGACAUAUCCAGUGGUGAGGACAUCCUAAAUAUUGUACAAAGGAGAGAGGAAAAAGUAUCUGAAGGACAUACUGGAUAUGCAGUAAAUUUUAAGGCAUUGAGCGACUAUAAACGCACGUGAUUGAAAUGCAUAAGAGCAGUAGUAUAGUAUACAGUAUAUGAGUUAUGUAAUACACUAUGCGGUGCAAACUUUGAAGGAUGCACAAAUUAAAGUUUUCUUUCACUGUAGAACGUUACGUCUACUGAAGUAUACACCGGCAUCAUGUAUAUAUUUUCAUUCAAAGUUUGUUGUCCCAAAAUCUAGAUAUUAAGAAAUUUUUAUGAUAAAUUUUUUUUUAUGAAUCUAAUUUCUCAUAUAUACUGUAUCACAUUUCCAAAGACAAGUAAGGUUUGUGGUAGAGUAUUGGCCUAAAACAUAUGUAUAGUGAACACUAAAGUGAAAACUUUCAUAAAGCUCCACAGUUAUAUUUAAUCAAUAGCCAAAGGUGAGAGUUAUGAACUCAUGGAACAACCUGCCAGUGUGUGUUGUGAUGGCACCGAGUGUGAGCUCUUUCAAGACCAGACUGGAUAAGCACUGGAGCAGGUUCAGAUACAUUCAAGAGCCAGUGCAGGCCCAGUACUUGUCUACAGUGCAUAACAGAGACGUAACCGAUCGCCCAAGCGGCUAACGAGCCGAUCAGUGGUGUAGAGGAUAAAAGUUUAAAGCUAAAAGCUAUACCAGUAAUUUGGACUGUCUUAUUGAUGGCACUAGUUAUGUCAUUAUAUUUCCGGGUUAUUACAUGUACAGUAUAUUCAUUCUAUAAUAUUAUGAGGAACAUUGUAAACCCUCUGUACUUUAAACUGGUUAGAUAAAUUAUCAUUUGAUAUUUUUUAUACCAGUGAGAUUACUAAGGUGCUACUGGCUGUGUUGUUGAUUCAGGAACAGUCAUUAUCCAUGACACUGGGUUUAUCGAAUUGUGGUAUGACACCAGGCAACUAAGUGAUAAAUUGUAUUUCUUUUACCUAGCAUAUCUACACUUUUGUCACUGCAUUAGUACAGACAUUUUUUGUGCACUCAAGAAGUCUGUCAUAAUUUUCUUGACCUUCCCAUCUCUCACCUAACUGUAUGUACAGCAAACACAAAAAGUAUCAAGCCCCCCCAGCCAUCCAAAUGAAUAUGAAACAUCAGGUGAAACCUGACCCAACCCAACCAAUACAUGAACACAUCUUAGUUUAUUGCUCAUUUUCUAUUAUACACUACUUGACCCUGGGGAGUUAUUACAGUGUUGAUUGGCUGGACAACAGUUAUGCUUUUCCUUUUUCAAAAGAUGACUAUUACCAGCAAGUUCCUGUCAUCAGCUUCUUGACAUUUCAUCAGGCAAACCUAUGCUUACACAAGCAUAUCUACAAUAAUUAUCACCAGAAUAUAACUAUCCAUCCCAUAAUUUUAUCUCGACCAAAAAAUUUAAUUAUCGGGUCAACCUAUCAUGUUAAUGGCUACACAUUACCUACAUACGAAUUCUGUCGGUAUAUCCCCCCCAAAAAAUAGAUCAACAUUGAAAAUGACUAAAGUUAAUCCUUAAAUACUUUCACAAAAAAGUAACAAAUGCCAUGAUACAGUACAACUAGACCAUUAUGCGACAUAUUCAGUGCUACAACACUCCCACAUUCUCCCUAAGACUUACCAUUAAAAUUACAUCCUAUGAGAAGAUAAUUAAGUUUACCUGAAGUUUAAUAAGAAAAAUGAAACACCUUAUCAUGAAAAUCUUAUUCCUCAGCAGUUCUCUCACUACAAUCCUCCAUUAUUCAUCAUCAAAUUUUCCUUCAAAUAAUACUCAUCACUUGGCAUUAAAGAUGUUUGUUACAGCACAUUGUAUGUCCAAUUCUGUGUGAAUAUGUUACUGUCCAGUCCAUUUUCCAACCUGUCCAAAAUGGCAUAUUUAACAUCUCCCUUCACCCUCACCUAUCAUCACAAAUACUACCAUGAAUUUAUUAGCCUACAAUAAAAAUAAUAUAAUGUCACACUCUGUAGCUACAGUGUAUAAACAGGUUCAUUUCACCUGGUCAAUGAUUUAAUUAUCUGUCAUUUCAUUCAGUUUGAAGUACGUAGUUGUCUAGAUUUAGUCAAAAAAUUCUUGUUUUCCUACAAAGUUUAUUUAAUAUUCUCUUGAGAAAUAAGGUAUCAUACCACCUGUUACCAAUCUUCCUUUCUCUUCACAUUAGAUACAGUACAAGAAACUUGAGGUGAAGCCUUACGCGUCGCCUAAAUGGUGAUCAUUACCCAAUGACGGUAACCAUCAUUAAAAGUUUUAGUCAAAGUUUCAGGAUUAUUUUCUGCCAAUAUGGUUGUAAAACCUUAUUAAUUACAAUUUGCAUUGUAUGUUAACUGCCAGGUAUUAUAAUGUCUAUGUCAAGCAUAAACUUUUCAUAUCAAGAAAAUUAUCCCCAAUAUUUUGAAGCUGAAGACAUGACUUUUAUAAACUUUCUUUUUGGUAACUGUCAAUUCUAGCUAAUAUUCUCUAAUAGUUCUUCACAAACUGCCAAAUUAACACAGAUGCAAGAUUUGAUUGCUAUACAAAAUUGUGUAUGAAAGCAAUGCUUUAACAGGUUGGGAAAGAUACUGUAUAUAGCCUUAGAUGUUAAAGCCCCUUCUAAAAUUCAGUAACAAUGUAAUAGAUAAUUUAAUUGUUUAUUAUCAUUCCUUUUUAAUUUUUAUAUAAUCACCUACUUACUGAGUUUUGAACCAGUCAUGUAUAUAUAUAAUGAUGACAAUGAUUUUUAUGAAAUGGUAAAAUUUGAUUCCUGAUGAGUUAUACAAUACUGUAUGUAAUCAGUUCAUCUAUAAUAGAUUUAACUCAUUUCAUAUACACUAUUAUUAUUAUUCAUUAAUCCAUUAUUAAUAGGAAAUAUAUUUUAAUUAUAUUUUUAUAUCAAUGGUACUUAUGUUUAAGCUUAUAAAUAUUUCCUAGUCUUUUGAAGAAAUCUCACAAUUACUUGUAUAUGCUAAAUGUUGUACUUAUGUCUUCAAUUAUUGUAUGUACAGUAUGUAUGUAAGCCAAAAUAAAAUAAUAUUAAGAGUA